CCAUUGACCUCCAAUAUCAUGCCACAUCAAGGAAGACCUGGACUAAAAGAAAGGACCGAUUCCUAUCCCAAAAUGUUCCCCUUCACUAUUAUCCUGUACGUGUUCUGCACAGUCACCAAUGCGGCUUCCAUUUCUUCAGGAACUUGCUCUGUCCCGAAUGAUCAGCAAGGGUUGGUUAAAGGCAUCCAGAAUCAACUGGAAAAUUGGGCCAGGCUGCAGGGCAAACCUGAUCCCAGUAUCCUGAUUGCUUUGAACUUGGCUAAGGACCACAAUCUUAGUGUGAUAAUGCAUUUGGUGCAGCAGAUAAAAGAAACAGCUGGAACAGAGAUGACCUCUGGCAAAGUGGCCCUUUAUGUCCUAGCUCUUCGGUCCUCCUGUGAGAAUCCUGCUGAUGUCAGCACGCCAGAAAAACAUGUCAACCUGGUCCAAGUCCUUGAGGAGAAAACAAAGGAAGAGAUUAAGCAUAUCCAUACCACUGGGACUCCCAAGACAACCUACUACCAAUUGGCUCUAGAUACUUUGGCUCUGUGUGUAGAAAAAAGUCCAGAACUUGAAAGGGCUGCCACCACCCUGGCCAAGGCAGUCCUGGCUAAUCGUUUCCAAUUCCAUGGCCGUUACUCUGUAGAUACUGCUGCCGUAGCAAGUCUAGCACUGUUCUGUGUGUAUGAAGGAAGGAUCUCGUCUCAGCAGAGCAAACUUGUAGGAACUAUACAAGCAGCCUUGGCCCUGGCCACAAAGCAAAUCCUUAAUGAACAGCAGACUAAUGGCCUCCUUGGAAAUAUCUAUAGCACUGGCCUUGCAAUGCAGGCUCUCAGUGUUACCUCUGAGUUCUACUCUGCUAAUGCAUGGAACUGCCCAAAGACCUUGAACGAAGUGCUGAGUAAGAUCACCAAGAGCGCCUUUAGCACUCCAGCUGCUGCUUCUCAGAUCCUGCCUUCUCUGGUGGGCAAAACGUAUUUGGAUGUGAAGGGUCUCACUUGCAGCUCUGAAACUGUCACAGUGCAUUAUACUGUAAUCAAUAAGCUAAUAGGACCUCACUUCAGGUAUUCCACAACUGUGAAAGUGCCAAAGGGUUCUGUGCUGCUUGCUGUCUUGAAAGCAGCUGAACAACUUAAUGCAAGUGAAUUCAGCUUUCAAACAGAGGAGACAUCUUGGGGCCCCAUGGUCACCUCUAUCAAUGGCCUCCAAGGCAGCACCAAUGAAAAGACCUACUGGCAGUUCCUCAGUGGCAAAACACCCCUUGAACAAGGUGUUGGUAGCUACAAACCGAAAGAUAAUGAAGAAAUUGUGGCUAUGUUUAGUAGAUAUUGAAUUAUCACCUACAAUAUAAGUUAGGACUAACAUUCAAGCCUGCUUUGUAUCAGAGGAUCUCCUUUUUAGACAAAAA